UAUGGCGCCAGAAAUCAAGGAGGAAAAGGAGGUGUUUAUAGUAUGUUUAUUCCGAAGUGACUGUAUUAUUGAACUGCGUGUAGAUAUGGAAUAGAGUCAGUUCCCCUAUAAGAGCUGCUUUAUGUUAUAAACGAUACAAUGGUGAUGCUACGCAGUAGCAGGACGGGCGCAAAUCGAGCUGCCGCGGCGAGAGCUCCCGACAUGGACUCGAGCUCGGAGUUUCUGUCCCUGCGGCGGCCGCUGCGAAAGUCCGCUCGGCUGAAGGGCCUCGACGACGACAGCUUCAGCAGCGCGGAGAACACCCCAGCCAACGGAUAUUUGUCUGUAAAAGAAGAAAACAGCAUUGAGAUGAGUGGCAUUAGGACCAGGGCUCAAAAUGGCAAAGGCGUAAAGUUUGCUGAUAUGAGCAACCAACCAAAUGGAUCGCCUCAAAAGGAAGACAAAAGCCUGAAACAUUUAAGAAAAUCUUCAAGAUUGCAAACAGAUGGGGAGAAGUCUGGGGACGAGCAUUCUGUGAUGGAGAAGGUGGGCGGUAUGGCAGGCUCGCGGAACCUUCGCUCUCAUUUCCCAGUACGGAAAGAGACGGCUGCUGUGAGGCGCAGCUCCCGGAUCAUCGGAUACAAGCUCAACGCCAGGAACCAGUCGGUCCUCUACGACCGGCUCAUCACCAACACUGCGGAGGCCGUUCUCCAGAAGAUGGACGACAUGCAGAAAAUGCGCCGGCGACUCCGGAGCAGAGACGUCACAGAGGAGAAUCUGCGAAGGUACUCUGGUGUGAAAAGGAAGGGGACUACGCGGUCUACUGUGAGAACGAAUGAGGAGAGUGCUGAUGAUCAGGGGAGUGGCCACGAUGAAUAUACUCAAGAGGAUGAAAAUGACGACAAUGAAGAUGAUGACGACAGAGAAGGUGUGGGAGAGGAAGAUGACAAUGAUGAUGAAGAGGAGGAGGAUGAAGAGGAAGAAGAUAAUCAAAAACGCUAUGACUUCAGGCAAAGGAAAGCUGUCAUUCCCUACCAAGCCCCUCUUGAUGAGCCCAGGAAGCAGAGCAUAUUUUUCCGCCGCCACUCAACCCCAAUCAGCCGGAGGUAUUCCUUCAGGCCCUCCGGACCCUGCAGCCCGUACAGCAGACACAGGAGCAGCAGACGGAGACAUGCCAUCCACAGCAGCGACUCCACCUCUUCCUCCUCGUCUGAUGAUGAGAGAUUUGAUAGGCGGAGGAGUAAUAAUCGGAACAGGUCGGCAAACAGAAGCCUUCCAAUUAACUUCCGGAAAGAUGAUCUACUAGGAAUCCACAAAGAUAGAAUUAAGGUCGGAGCGAGUCUCGCUGAUGUCGAUCCAAUGCGGCUUGACCACACGGUGCGCUUUGAUAGUAUUGGAGGUUUGAGCAGGCAUAUCUCUGCUCUGAAGGAGAUGGUGGUCUUUCCUCUGCUCUACCCUGAGGUCUUCGAGCGGUUUAAGAUUCAGCCUCCAAGAGGGUGUCUGUUCUACGGUCCUCCUGGUACUGGCAAGACCCUGGUGGCACGGGCCCUGGCCAACGAGUGCAGCCAAGGGGACAAGAAAGUGGCCUUCUUCAUGAGGAAAGGAGCCGACUGCCUCAGCAAAUGGGUGGGAGAGUCCGAGAGACAGCUCCGCCUUCUCUUUGACCAGGCAUACCAGAUGCGUCCCUCUAUUAUUUUCUUUGAUGAGAUUGAUGGUAUUGCACCUGUUCGAUCCAGUAGGCAGGACCAGAUUCACAGCUCCAUCGUGUCCACGCUGCUGGCUUUGAUGGAUGGGCUGGACGCUCGCGGUGAGGUGGUUGUCAUCGGAGCCACGAACCGCCUGGACUCCAUUGACCCUGCACUAAGACGGCCCGGCCGCUUCGACAGGGAGUUCCUCUUCAGCCUCCCAGACAGAGAGGCCCGUAAAGAGAUUUUGAAGAUUCACACCCGACAGUGGAGUCCGCAGCUGUCUGAAGCUUUUCUCGAGGAGCUGGCUGAUAAGUGUGUGGGCUACUGCGGGGCAGACCUCAAGGCGGUGUGUGCGGAGGCUGCCCUUUGCGCGCUGCGCCGACGUUACCCCCAGAUCUACGCCUCCUCCCAGAAGCUCCUGCUGGAUGUGGCCUCUAUCAGCGUGCGAGCCUGUGACUUCCUUUCCGCCAUGAGGAGGAUUGUCCCAUCUUCCCAGAGGGCCGUGGGGACGCCGGCCAAAGCCCUGGCGCCCGCUGUGCGCCCCCUGCUGGCCGGAGCGCUCGGAUGUGCCCUGGAAGCCCUGCUAAAGCUCUUCCCCCACGCAGAGCAGGGCAUCAGGAAAAGGAGGGACCACGCUGCAGCAAAUGAUGACAUGAUGUCCAGUGAUGACGACGGCUCGUCUUUGUCCAUUAGUAACAAUGCCCGGAACAGCACAAACGUGGUCGGGUCCUUCCUUCAUCUGAAAAGGAGUGCCCUCCAGAAGCCCACCUCCUUUCGACCUCGACUGCUGCUGUGCGGCCGCCCUGGCUCAGGCCAGAGCUCGCACCUGGCCCCCGCCAUGCUCCACACUCUGGAGAAGUUGGCCGUCUACACGCUCGAUCUGGCUGUUCUCUAUGGCGUCAGUGCUACCAGCCCAGAGGAGGCGUGUGCGCAGGUGUUCUGUGAGGCUAUGCGGACGGCGCCCAGUGUGCUGUAUGUGCCUCACAUACAGCGCUGGUGGGAGACGGUGAGCUUGGCACUCAGGGCCACCUUCCUCAGCCUCCUGCAAGGUGUCCCCUCCUUCUCACCCAUCCUCCUCCUCGCCACCUGCAGCCUCCCCUACGGCAGUCUCCCCCCGGAGGUGCAGGAUAUGUUUUGUAUGGAGUACGGAGAGGUGUUUGAUGUUCCACUUCCAUCUGAGAAGGAAAGGCACAGUUUCUUUGAGGAUCUCAUUCUGAACCAAGCUGCCAAAGUCCCAGUAUCUAAAAGGGAUCCAGUGCACCAGAUGCUGGACAUUCUCCCUGUGGCCCCCCCGCCUCCACCGCGGAAGCUCUCUGAGCAGGAGCAGCAGAAGCUGGAGGAACAGGAAGAGGACACACUCAGGGAGCUCCGCCUCUUCCUGCGUGAUGUCACCAACCGGCUUGCUCAAGACAAGCGCUUCAAGGCCUUUGCAAAGCCUGUGGACACAGAGGAGGUUCCAGAUUAUACUACAGUCAUCAAGCAGCCUAUGGACUUGUCCACUGUGCUCACCAAAAUUGACCUGCACAGAUAUGUCACAGUGAAAGACUUCCUCCAUGAUGUGGACCUCAUUUGGAAGAAUGCUCUGGAGUACAACCCAGACAGAGACCCCUCAGAUCGGCUGAUCAGGCAUCGUGCCUGUGCGCUCAAGGAUACCGUUCAUGCCAUCAUCAAAGACGAACUGGACGAAGACUUCGAGAAGAUCUGCGUUGAGAUCAAGGAGUCCCGCAUGAGAAGAGGCUGUUUUGUCAUGGUCGUGCCCCCCCCAUCGCUUCAAGGUUGCACCACAUCAAGGUUUACCCCUUCGUAUUACCACGUGCUGCCCAAGGUGCCAGCGUCGGCAGAGGCAAAGACCAGUGACCCUGCCCCCGCAGAAGACAAGGCCUGUGUUGCUGCGACAGGUCUGACUACACCGAAACAAACAGGAGGCCAGCGGAAACGGAGGCGCCGCAAGCUGUGGAGCAACGGCUUCGUCCCGCGGAAGAAAUUCUCGCAGCCACAAGCAAAAGACGCCAACGGAGCAGAGUCCACUGAGGAGGAGGAGGAGGACGAAAUGGAGGGAAAAGCAGCAGGGAGUGAAGGGGGAGGACGUGGACGAGAAGGCAAAGAUGUGGAGCCUGAAGCGAUGGACACCGAGGGCGAGGAGCGCAGCCCUGCUCCGACAGAGGACGCAAAAGGAGUCAUCCUUACUCAAAAUGGCCAUGCUAGCAGUAGAGAAGGAGAUGAUGACGACGAUGUCCCGACUGCUUCUGCCUUGGAGCUGUUCCAGGGUGACGCAGCGUCCCAAGGCGUUCUCGAUAGCUACAGUUCUGGAGGCAGUAGAGACAGUUCUGAGCUCCAUCCAGUGGAGAUCACUGAUGCCAACAGGGUGGAGCCUAGUGCAGAGGCUGAUGGAGGGAUAGCGAAUGGGACGAGACACAUAACCAGAGCCCUGAAGAAGCAUGCCCAGCAUCAGUUCCUCCACAUAGACGUGGCCAUGAACCAUCUGGAGCAGAGGAACCAGCCACUCAUCGUCCAGCACGACAAGCUGCAGGAGCUUUUGCAGAAAGUCGUAGCUUUGACUGAGGGUUAUGAGGUUGACCUGCUGGAGAAACUCUAUGCUCUUUUGUGCCAGAGCAUCUACAGACACAGGAGAGAAUAUGACAAGACAGCACUUAUACAGGAGAUGUGCAAGGAAGUGGAAGAUUUUUCAAACUUUUCCACAUGAUGCAUUUUUUUAAAUUGAUAGUUGAUACAUUUUCGUAUUAAUGCAGUCUCUAGUAAAUUCAUAAAUUAUAUUUUGUGAUCAUAUAUUGUGAUUAUAUUUUAUUUGUGAUUAUAUUAUAUUUUUGUGUACAGCACAGUAAAAUUAUUAGUGCUGUACAUUAUGUUUUGGCUAUAUAAAAAUGUUUAUCAAUAUUUUCUUUGGCUUUUGCAUUUCAAAUGAAUAAAUUCAGUUGUCACAUUGUGGAAUAACUACAUUUACGCAGUUUUGCAUACAAGUUCCCUAGUUGAUGGUACAGUCCGGAUUGAACACUGGCUUGCACCUGGUAAUUGGAGGUAGUCCUAUUCAUUAGCUUGAAACAGGUGGGUGGUGUCGGUGAUGGACUUAACAGAAAUCAUACAAAUGAAAUAAAAAUAAAGAAUUAGUCCAAGCCCAUGAUGGGGAAAUUCCACUUGCUUGUUUAGAGAUGCAAGUCACGUGACCUGUUGUGGCUCAUUUGACGGUUACGUAGGGAAAGCUCAGAAGUUUUCAACAGUUGACUGACUUUCGUCGGAAGCGGGGUUGGGCGUGAGCGGAGACUAGCAGGUCACUUAAAAAUGCUUUUUCGUUCACCUGCGUCUUCAUUUGCAAAAACUUUACACGCUUUUACAACCUUUCCAAGAUACGGCGGGGAGUCGCCUGGCGAUGACGUAAACGCGUAACACAUUGACAGUGGAGACGCCUGAUCAUUAAAAACUGCCAUUAAAAUGAACACAAAUCAUCACUGUGCCUGCUUAGCAAACGCUGCACUUUAAAGGACUUCGGUUGUAGGGCCCAACGCCUAGCGGAACCAAGGCUUCGUAGACGCAUCGAUUCAGGUUGCCCUGCAUCUAUCGGGCGGCUACAUCCAGCUUGCUUUUUUUUUUUUUUUUUUUUUUUUUUUUCUUUUUUUUUUUUUUUUUUUGGGACUGCGAGCGUAGUAAGCGCUGCCUCCACAGCCCCGGACACGGCGGCUAGCGCUAGCCGGGCCGCCCGCACUGACACACUACCGCGCCGUGGAGCCGUCAAACGCGGACGGGAGCGACCGCGCCAGGCUCGUAGCGCUGUGUGGCUAACCCCAGCGAGGUCCUGGGCCGGUGGGCGAAAAGGCGAGGGGCGACCCCGAUGUCGUAUUGGAACGGGGUAAACAUUUAGCAUGUAAAUCCAAUUUCUUGGUGCGGUUCAGAUAGCAUUUGCCCGCCCCCCCUCAAAGUCCCUUUGGUGCCACAAACACAAUGUC